CGCCUUAGUCCACGAUCUUUAAGAUCUAACUGGUUAGGCAUUAGUGGUUUUCGGGAAAAAAGAAGAAGAAAAAGAGAAGGGAAAAGGGAGAAAAAAAGAGGGGAAAAGGGGAAAAAUGGGAAACGCUAACGGGAGAGAGGGCGGAGAAGGAGACAUGGCCGGAAAAGACGCUGGAGUUGACUUUCCGGCGGGUUUUCUGGCGGAUUCCGAUAGGCUUGCGAGGCCAUUGUUGUCGGAAUCUAUGGGGAAUACGCCUACUGAGAGCCCCCGACGGUCACGAUCGCCCCUCAUGUUUGCUCCUCAGAUGCCCAUCGCUCCAUUACAGAGGGCUUCUGAUCUUCCUCUAGCUCUUGGUCAGUCAUGGGUGAACAACCAUCAUGGAACUGAAGAUGUGCCACAGGAAAAUGGAAUCGCGACCUUGAUUACAUGGAAUCAUGGGGGCAAUAAUGUUGUAGUGGAAGGAUCGUGGGACAAUUGGAUGUCUAGGACGACUUUGCAGAGAGCAGGAAAGGAUCAUGUCUUGCUGUUUGUUCUCCCGUCUGGGGUUUACCACUACAGGUUUAUAGUGGACGGAGAAUGGAGAUACAUUCCAGAACUUCCUUAUGAAACUGAUGAGAUGGGUCAUCUUUCUAAUGUCCUUGAUGUUCAUGAACACGUGCCCGAGAGUGUUGAAAGUGUGUCAGAGUUUGAGGCACCGCUAUCACCUGACUCGAGCUACGACCAGCCAUUCCCAGUCAUGGCAGACUUUGCAAAGGAGCCACCAAUGGUCCCACCUCACCUUCAUCUAACAGUGUUGGGCAUGAGAAAUCAAUCAGAUGCAUCACAUACCACAUCGAGGCCCCAUCAUGUAGUUCUCAACCAUCUUUUUUUUGAGAAGGGGUGGGCUUCUCAGUCCCUUGUGGCUCUUGGCUUGACUCACCGGUUUCAAAGCAAAUAUGUCACUGUUGUCCUCUACAAGCCUUUGAGGAGGUGAAGUCAUCCUAUCUUUCUUUUUUGUUCAAGUGCCAGAGAAGGUGAAUUCUUGUUGUAAAUAAUCAGUUCGUCUUUGGGCCUUUUUCUUUCUUUUUGUUUUUUUGCCCUUUUUCUUGUGGAUCUCUGUGAUUUUCUUCUAAGCUUGCAAAUCUGAUGGUUUUACAGGAAGAGCAAUCUGUCAAUAGAUCAACUUUCUUUUCGUUUUUCUUUUUGUUUCUAUUUUUUUUCUUGACACUACGUGUUGGUUGAGCCAUCAAAUGAGUUUUGAUUGCCUGUGGAUUUCCUGAGUAGUGGGUGAAGAUAUUUUAGUGCAACUCAAGAGGAAAUAGUGAUGCCUCUUAGUGUACAAGUAUAACGGGCUGACAGAAUUUUGGUUAUUAAUAAGGUUUGAAAUGUUGGGCUU